CUGCGCGCGCAUUUCACGGCUGAAUUAUACCGGGCAACAGAGUGGAGGGAUGAAGGAACCGCAGAGGGGAUCGUGGGCGCGACAGAGAGAGCGAGGGGGCCGAAGGAGCGGAGCGGUGGGACCGAGACGGCGCGACGGAACGGCGGCGACGAGGAAACCCGCCGAGAAGGUUGCAGAAGUGGGAGCCUUGCGGGUCGGGAAAGAGAAGGAGGGGAGGUGAAUAAAGUCGAGGGAACCGGGCACGGCAGGUAGGCGGUAAUGGGCGGAGACGAGUUCCUGCGGAGUCCCGCCCACCGAACCCAGCCCCUUUUUUGCCCGGGGGUCGCCAAGACCCGGGCGCUUCCCUUCCACCCAUAUCCCCGUUCGGUCGAGACCGAGUCGUCCGGGUAGUCGGCAGUCUGUCACGGGGCGAAGAACGGGUACCACGGUAACCCUGGCCUUUUCGACGAAGGAGCUUUUUUAUUCGAGUGACGAACCGCGAGGCCGAUUCCGCAAGCGGUUCCGCGAGCGAGUCCGCGAGCAGAACUUCGAGGACGACUACGAACACGAGUCGAUGCGUCGAUCGCCGACCGGUACCCGUGAUCUCGAGUGUGGUGCGCGAACGGAGGGGACCUAAACUGCAAGCCGAUAAUAUCCUCCAAAGACGCGCGAGAGAAACAGUUGGUCGUGGUGUGUGAUUGACUUGACUUUGAUUGCGUGGCGACGCGAAUUUCGCGAGCCAGCCUGAUCUGCGACAACCACCCUCUCUAGUCGGCGUCGAGAUGCUGACCGACAUGACGCCGGCAGCGGCUGGUCAGCUUUACCCGCAACUACAGUCUAUCGCGAAGUCGCCGGUGCACGGGCACGUGGAUCAUCCGGGAUUGCGAGGUACGCCUCUGGCCAUGCUGGCGGCGCAAUGCAACAAGCUGAGCAACAAAAGUCCGCCGCCGCUGGCGGACGCGGCCGUGGGCAAGGGUUUUCAUCCCUGGAAGAAGAGUCCGCAGAGCAGUGGCAGUUCGCCGCAACACACCGGCGGGGGAGGCGGCGGUGGGGGCGGCGGAGGAGGCGGGAGCGGCGGGUGCACAACGACGGGGGUGAGCCAGAGACCGGCGGCGACGAGCAGCGCCGGCAGCACGACCGGUGGUUACGCAAGGGCGCCGGUGACGUCUUGCGCCUCGACCGCGCCGCAAUACGGUAGCGAAUUGUAUUUCCCUGGGACGGCGAGCGCACAGCCGGCCGGUGAUCCACAUCAUCAUCAUCAGAGUAGUCUUCUGGGGAAGGUGGAGGGCGCGACCCUGGGCUCGGUGUACGGCAGGCAUCCGUACGAGUCGUGGCCGUUCAACGCGAUGCCGGGCGCGACGCACGGCAGCAUUAAAGCGAGCGACGGUUGGUGGGACGUGCACGGGGCCGCGACCACCGGCGGAUGGCUGGACGUGAGCAGCACCGUCGGCGUCGGUGUCCACGCGGCGCAGAUGGCCAAUUACUCGGCCGACUACUCGACGAGUCUCGCGCUAGGCAAUCACCUGCUGACCACGGCUACGACGGCCGGCCAUAAUCUCUUACAAGACACGUACAAGUCGAUGCUACCGGGCGGGCCGCCUGGAUUCGGUCUACAUCAUCACGCGGCCGCAACGGCCGGCGCCGGCGCCGGUGCCGGCAGUCCUCAGGGCACCGGCGGCGGAGUCGGCGUCGGGGGCGCCGGCGUCAGUCAAGCGCCCUCGCCGCGCUCGCAGAGACGUUACACCGGGCGUGCCACCUGCGAUUGUCCGAAUUGUCAAGAAGCCGAGAGACUCGGCCCCGCCGGCGUGCACCUCAGGAAGAAGAACAUCCAUAGCUGCCACAUACCGGGUUGCGGCAAGGUCUACGGGAAAACGUCGCAUCUAAAGGCCCACUUACGGUGGCACACUGCGGCACCUUCGAACCCACACCGGCGAAAAGAGAUUCGCCUGUCCGGUCUGCAACAAGCGGUUCAUGCGCAGCGACCAUCUCGCGAAGCACGUCAAGACCCACAGCAGCAGCAGCAGCAGCAGCGGCAGCAAGGGCAAGGGGGGAGCGGGGAGCUCGUCGGCCGAGUCCUGCUCCGACAGCGAGGACAACGGGAGUCAGCAGAGUCCCACUUCCAGCUCGGUGCCGCAGCCGCAGCCGCCGCAGCAGCAGCCGGCACAGGCCCAGCAGCAGCAGCAGCUGGCGGCGGCGGCGGCGGCAGCGGCGGCGGCGGCAGCGGCGGCGGCGGCAGUGGCGGGCCAGGACACCAGCAACACCACCUCACCUCAGACCACCACCACCACCCUCGGCCAUCAGCCGACAACACCCAUGACUCCAAUACAGAUGACCCCACCGCCUCUGACCCCACACCAUCCCCACCACCCGCAUCUCCCGCCUCUAAUGCACCAUCCUCAUCAUCACGCAACCUCCGUACCGGCGGCCCACCACCCGCACGCGGGGAUGAGCAUGCACUGAGCCCGGUGGGGCCCGGAGCCGGUGCCUGCAGUACCGCUGCCGCAACGGCCCUGGGCUCCCCCCUAUCCUACCCCCUCAACCUGAACCUCAUGCAGAAUCACGCUACCAUCAAUCCAUCCGCGCCCACCCAUCACCAUCAUCAGCAACACCAGAAUCACCAUCACCACCAUCACCACCAUCAUCACCAAUCGCACCAACCGCAGCACUCGCGACAAAGUAACUCUUACUCGGUGCAACAGAAUCCUGGCACGCCGGGGACCGCGCAGACUCCCUCACCCUCGUCCCCCGCGCCUGUACAUAGUCUCUAAGCGGUUACUCGAGCGCACUCGCGCGUCCAGCAACCGGCCACGAUCCACUGCACGUCCGUCCGCCGCGUUCAUACACGCAGGCACGAUUUAAUACAUAGACACACACAUACACACACACACACCCAUACACAUAUUGACACACGUAGGCACACACGGGGACAUACACGAAAAGCAGCAUACACGAAUCUGGCUCCCUGUCCUGGUUCCGAGAACACGGAAAUGCUCCUCGUACGCACGCACGCGGAUAUUACAGGAUUUUUUUAUUUGUAUAUAUUAUAUAUAUAUAUCUAUAUAUAGUGCGCGUGACAGAGAGCAAGAGAGAGAGAGAGAGGGAGGGAGAGAGAGAGCGAGAGAAAUGAUAUAUUAAUUAAGCGGUAUAAUGUUGUGUAAAAAAGUAAUUCGUAUAAAUAUAUAAAUAUGCAGAAUAUAAAUAUAUAUAAAUAUAUAUAUAUAUAUAUAUAUAUACAUACAUGAUGCACUGUCGCGUUGUACCAUACACACCGACAAAACACUUCGCGCCCUGCCGGCUCUUUUCUUCCGUCCAUUUUCGGAAGGCAAGAGACGGAACGAAUUAAGAAGAAACAACCGUGGAGUAUGGACACGGACAGGUUCCAAACGAUUUCAUACCAUGCAGGGCCUUGACGAGCGUUGUCUAAUGAGAAAGUAAUACUGAUUUUUCUUGAUGAAUUUAGAAUUCUUUCCAGGCUUUUCCAUUUGUUGAUUACGUUUGGAACUUGGAACUACGAUGACCCAUAUCAGCCCACCCUUUGGAUGUAGCGUCGCACAUUAUCAAUGAAUUAUUAUUAAUUAUUAUUAUUAAUUAUUAAUUAUUAAUUAUUAACUCCUCUUAUUACUGUACUAUUAUAAAAAUUAUAAAUUCAUUUUAAAGUGAGAAAGAGAAAAUAAAUAAUGCUUUUGUGAAUAAUCAAGGCUCUAUUCGAUCGAUACUUUCACUUGAUAUCCACGAAGCUCGUUCCCGUCUGUUCGAUCUUCCAAUCACAGAAUCAUGAAACUACAAUCUCCCAUUGACUCCUAACUCGAGCUUUGCUCUUGCUUCUGUUGAUUAUUAAGGACCAACCCGUAGAGAGAAUCAGCCUGGAUUAACGUUAAUCCCUUCUCGCCUACUAAGUAUGAUUUCCGCACUGUUCAACAGUAAGUUGAUCUAUGCUUUGUAAGUAAUGCGGCGGGUCUCUUAGGAUGACGAUUGAUCUCGAUGGACGCUCAUAAAUUUAAAUGUUUGUGAUUAAGAGAGCCAUUUAUAGCGCGAUGCUUACUAGGAAAUGCUCACGGUUGCACGAGUAGGAGGCUUCAGGGCGACUUGAGCUAAGAGUGGCGGAAGCACGAGCGGGACACGAGCUCUUGGGACGAUAUUAUCGCACGGGCCGUUAAACCCCAGAUCCUGCCAACCGUGAAAUGUCCCGUCAUAACAUCAGCCCUCCCCCACUUGGUCGCGGCACUUUAUUUUCCUGCUCCAGAAUUUUAUCCCCCGAUCUUCGCUCCGUUCGGAGGAGACCCGCGCCGAUUACGCGGCAUCGUCUCUCGCGAGUGCAAUGGAAAUACGUCCGAUACGUGCCUUGGUUCUCGAUCUUAUUAGCGAGAAUGACUCGGCUUCGCUUCUCUCGGCCCUAAACAGUGGAGUAGCCGCGUCACGCGAUCAUUACGGGCUUCUAUAAAGUUGAUUCUCCCGGGCAUUCCGCCGACCGGUCGUAAUUGAUUAUAACAUGCGCGAUAUAUUCUUCAAACAAUGACAGCGAAAGGCAAUCACUCGCGUUACGAGACAAGUGCACGUUGUCUCUUUUUAGCGCAGACAAGUCGCGAUUGACAAAUUAAUGAAGCGGUUACAGAAAGAUCUUCUCUCGGAUCUAGCUGGCUAUAAUAUUUUAUUUAAUUUAUUUAGCUGGCUAAGAUAUUUAUUGGAGAGUCGUGCAAGAUAAAUCGCAAAAUUUAGAAAUUGAUUGACGAAGCUACUGCUGAGACUAAACUUUACCGAGUACAAGGAACAGCGUUUCGCGAUGCUAGACGCUGCCUGAUGGCGGCAGUGCAAUAAACAAUUUUCAAGCACGGCGCCAUAAACCGGAUCAAUAUGGCAGAGAUUACGAAAUAAGAUCGUUAUGCAAAGCAGUCGGAAAGGGUCGCAUCAGGGCUACGCCGCAGCAAUUCGCGGGGGGUGCGGUUAACGUCUAGCAACGAGCGUGCAAGCCCGGGGGAUGGCUUUUUCGGUGAUUUAACCGAGGAGGGUGAACGUUUGUUAUUCAAUUUGCAACCCCCUCGGUACCAGCCACUGCUCACCCUCUACCCACAGAUCAUCGCGCCUUUACGACCAUGGCCGUACGUUCCUAAUGCAGGAAACGUUUCUCCUCGCUCAUGAGGAAGAGAGAUAGAUGUAGCGAUUGCUGGAUAUUCCGUCGACUUCGUUCCGACGUUCCUCUUCCGCGCUUACAUAACUGCUUUAUUCCCUGUCUCGUUCACCGUUUUGUGGAAAUUAACGACGAUUACAUUGUCGAUCGUUCCGCCGAGCUGCGUCGAAUCUAUGCUGUAUUCUCAGUCAUUUAAAUAAUUCACCAUUAUCACAGCACAAAAUACGAUUCGUUAAUCGCAACAUGGAAAAACAUACAUUAUCGUCUUGUAAAUAAAUUAAACAAGAUUGACACGGUUAA